AAGUGACGACGCUCCCUCUCAGAGGCGCAUACCCACCUUACCACCAACAUGAACUUCGUCGCGUUCGCCUCUGUGGUCGCUGUGGUCUCCUCCGCUAAACUACCAGGAGACCCGCAACCUAUCGCCAUCCUUCGAGACGAUCGCCUGGCGCCUCAGGGAGCAGUGUACAAGACCGACUUCGAGACAGAAAACGGCAUCGUUGUCAGCGAGAACGGUCAGGCUGGGUCGGUGGGCCAGAGUAACGCAGAAGGCUUCAUCUCGUACACGUCUCCUGAGGGCCAGCCAGUGCAAAUCUCUUACGUCGCCAACGAGUUCGGCUUCCAGCCUCAGGGUGACGUGCUUCCCACGCCUCACCCCCUCCCAUCACACGCCAUCGAGCAAAUUCGCUUCGCCGAAGAGCAAGCUCGCCUUAGUGCUCAGUCUGGAAACUAGGAGAGUUAUUGCUGGAAAAACCGCCACCGGAGCUCUCCACUGUCACUCUUGACACCAGAUACAGUGCCGUAUUUGGCCCAUGACAAAGCCAGCCAUUAAAUCCCUCCCGACGGACCAACAUGCCUCUCUAGUCGACAAAAAAAACUGGAAUAUUUUUUUACAUGCACCCUCUACACAGUUUGCAUAUAAAUAAAAAAUACUUUCA